GUUUGGAUCGUGUUGCUUCUCGCCACGCCAGAUGUGCCAGAUGUGCGUGCAGCCUCUGAGUGCUGCCCCUGUGUCACACGUCUGUCCCCUCCCAGCCCGAGUCUCUUCCCUCCACUGCAUCCCUCCUGCUCCAGAUCUCGGGAUGAGUGAGCUGGGCUGCCUUCAGAGCUUGGGAAAUAAAUAUUCUCCCACUGCCAAAAUGCUGCAGCUCUGCUGAUCCCACUGUGGAUCUGAGCUGCCUCAAGUCAGUGAAUUAAUCGGCGGUAAAAACAACCUGUCAGGCAUUUUAUUUUCCCCAAAAUGAUCUUUCUCAUGGAAAAGCCUCACAACAAUCCAAGAGGGCAAAUCCAGGGGUGGGACAGAAGGGAUGCUGGGGAGCAGUGGAAGAGGUUUUGCUGCUGAGGCUUCCCUUUAGUCACUGUCCCUUGGCUGCAUUGCUGUCCCAUCUCCACACCUGAUUUAGGCUUUUAUGGGUCAUUUCCUCUUUGAUCCGGGCUCUGGUUUUGUUCUGUGCUCUCUCCCUCAGGAGAAGGGUUGCAGGUGGGAGAUCCCCACACAGCAAUCCACUCCACCCUCUGCUCUCCAGGUUGGGAAAUGUCAGCAGGAGCACCUGAAAUCCAUCUUGCCAGAAGUUUUGGAGUCAGGCACUGCCUCAGAGGAUGCCCAGCCCAGUUCUGUGUGCCCAGAUCCCAGUGCCCAGCCCAGGGCUGGCACCAGCCCGGCUCUGAGCACCCGCAGUGUCCCCACACAGACCCCGGGGUCGCCCCUGGGCUCCUGUGACAGCUGCUCCAGCGCCCAGGCCAGCCUCCACGAGGUGGGCAGAGCCAUCACCAGCAUCUGCCAGAGCCAGAACAUCCCUUCAGCUCUCAGCAAGUUCCAGGAGGUGCUGGAGGACAGCACAGGGAGAAGGAACCUCUCUGCAGCAGACAUGAGCUACUGGGCCUCGGAGCAGAGCAAGGACCUGUCCCGCAUUAACAAACACCUCCAGGGGCUGCUGCAGCAGCUCAACCCCGUGAGGGCUGAGCUGGAGAAGAUGGGCAAGCAGAAGGACAAGCUGCAGAAACAGGUUGAGGACUUCUCCAGGAAGCUGCAGGCAGAGAAGAGCAUCCAAGCAGAGCAGCAGAAGGCAGCUGAGCAGAGCCUGAAAGCCAAGGAAAAGGAGCACUCCAAGGCUGUGGCCAGGCUGGAGGAGGAAAAGGAUGAGCUCAGGAGAGAAGCUACUCUGCUGGAGGAGCAACUCUCGGCCCUGAAGGAGGAGCUGGCAGCGAAGGAGGUGGCUGUGCAGGAGCUGGAGUUCUCCAAGACCGCCUUGCUGGAGGAGGUGAGCACCACCAUGGUGGCCCGGAGCCAGGUGCUGGAGCUGGAGGAGAAGGUGCAGGUGCUCACAGGCCAGAGGGACAGCCUGGAGCAGGAGCUCGGUGCCAGCAGGGUGCAGCUGGAGCAGGAGCUGAGUGCCAGCAGGGUGCAGCUGGAGAAGGAGAAGGUCCAUGUGGAGAGCCUGCUCCGGCACGAGGAGGUACGGCCGGCUCCAGAGCCUGGCAGGGCUGUGGGNGUGCUGCCCACCAGGGAAGGACCAUCCCGGCUGUGCCACCAGCCUGGGCUCCGCCGAGCCCGUUUUCUUCUUCCACCCUUCCCAUGGGACCGGAAAACUUCCUGCCCUCACCGCCGGGAUUGCAGGCCCGGGGACACCCAGGGCCGCUGA